AUGCAAUGUCAGGGAAUUGAAGAGAGAACGGUGACGAUGACAAGGAGGCGCAACGCGGCCCAUCGGGGCGCAGAUCGAGGCGUCUGCGCCAGGCGGGAACAGCACUCUAGCAAGUAUGCGCUUUUUAGCUCCGCGCUAGCCUUUUCUCAGGGGAUGCUGAUUUUCCCUAAGACUUUGCUCGCGCAGCUGGACAGCAAAAGAGUUGCUGUCGUGUGGACAGUAGGAAAGUGGUAUUUCGAGGUGCCAGGUACCACAGUCAAGACUUGCUUCGGGCGCCCCGCGUGCCCCCGUUGCCGCGGCGGGCCAAACACCGAAUCACGAGGCACGAACAUGGCUAAGGUCAGAUCUCCUGAAGAUGGACUUAACCUUUAA